UAUUUAUAUAGCAUAUCCGUGUUAUUGUCUUAUAAAUAUAUAUAUAUUUUAUAAUUAAAAUUAAUAAGUAAAAUUAUUACAACACAUUUCAAAAAAUUUGAAAUUCUUGCUAAAAUAUAUACAUACAGCUGUGCUAUAUAUAUAGAUAGCUAAGGCAAAGCCUUGUUCUCUCUCUGUUAACUGCUCAAAGUUCAUCAAACUAAGAUGGAAGAUUCUUCACAAAGGUAUGCAGUAGUGACUGGAGCAAACAAAGGAAUUGGAUUAGAAAUAGUAAGGCAAUUGGCUUCAAAUGGAGUGAAGGUUGUGUUGACAUCCAGAGAUGAGAAGAGAGGCCUUCAUGCUUUGGAAACCCUUAAAGAUCUCUCUGAUUUUGUGUUCUUUCACCAGCUUGAUGUUGCUGAUCCUGCAAGUGUUGCUUCUCUUGCAGAUUUCAUCAAAUCCAAAUUUGGCAAACUUGAUAUUCUGGUUAACAAUGCAGGGGUUAGUGGAGUUGUGAUUAAAGACACUGAUUUACUCCCUUCAUUAAUACUGAAAGGCGAGGAAUUAUCUGACGAUGAAAUAGAAAAGGCAAGGAGUCAAACAUAUGAAUUAGCACAAGAUUGCUUGCAAAUAAAUUAUUAUGGUGCUAAAAGAACAUCCGAAUCUCUUCUUUCCCUUCUCCAGUUAUCCGAUUCACCAAGAAUCGUGAAUGUAUCAUCUUUUUUGGGACAGUUAAAGUGUGUAUUAAAUGAAUGGGCUAAAGGGGUGUUCAAUGACGCUGAUAACCUUACAGAAGAGAAAAUAGAUAUGGUAUUGAAUGAGUUUCUAGAAGAUUUCAAAGAAGGGAGAUUAGAAAGUAAAGGAUGGCCUAAGGCUAUUAGUGCUUACGUUCUCUCCAAAGCUGCUUUGAAUGCAUAUACAAGAAUUCUUGCUAAGAAGUUCCCUACAUUUUGCAUCAAUAGUGUGUGUCCUGGUUAUGUUAAAACUGAUAUGACUUCAAAUACUGGCUUCAUAACUGUGGAAGAAGGUGCUGCUAGUCCCGUGAGGUUGGCACUACUUCCAAAUGGUAGUCCUUCUGGCUUCUUUUAUGAUCGGAGUGAAAUCUCUUUCUAUUAAUUAUUCAAGGGAUGUCAAAAUUUUUCGAAGUGCAAAAAUUUCUGUGAGGACUGUCUCGAAUGGGGACUCGAAGGCGAGAAAUUUUUUCUGUGGAGAUGGGGAUGGGGAUUAAAAUUCCCCAACAAGACAGGCACGGAGACCCGAGCAAGGAUCCCCGCCCCAUCCCCGAUAAUUUUCCGAAUUCUUGAGUUUAUUUAAAUACCCUAAAUUUAUUUCUAAUAUAGGGACUUUUUAAUAAUUUCACCUAUUGAAAACCCUAACCCUACCUUAUUGAAUGUCUUUCAUUCUUUCCUACUACUCCACUUAAUGCCGUUUCGAAGCCCCAACUCUCUAGAGAAGUUAAAAACUCUCAAUCCCCCAUAAUUGUAUCCACAGUCACAGCCAUAGCAGCAUACCCCCUCACCAGUCGCUACCGACCACUCUUCCUACUUAGUGCUUACCCCCUUAUGGACUAUGAUUUGUUAUGUUGUAUUUCUGGACUUAUAAUAUUGGAUAAGAUAUGUUUGUAAUAAUGUUUUAUAGUUUGUUUUUUUUUUAA